CGCCCGCGCCAGUUUGCCCAAACUCCGGCAUCCGCCUGCACACACCAGCGAAAACAAUAUCGCUCUCCACCUAAACAGUGACUUUGUGUUUGUUUAAACCCUGGAGAACGUUGAACAACGAGCAACACGUCGCUGACCGUUUCUCAGUCAAGGUUUUUACGUGACCAAAUCUACGUACUACAUAAAGGGCCGCCACUGUCACGUAAUCGUUAACUUGUGUAUUAUUUUUUAUCGUUAUUCUUUCACCUUCAAAGUAAAUAUCUUAUCGAAUUUUAUUGUCAAUGUAUAGACAUCCCAGACAGAGCUAAAUCUUAGAAACAAGAAUUCUUCAGUGAGAUUUUCAGUGACAAUCAACUAUUAUGAAUUAAGUUAAGAUGAAGACACGAGAUCGUCGUGCAAAACAGGAUACACGAAGGCCGAAACAAGAGAAGAAAGCAGCUAAACAAGACAGCCGUACUACGAAGGCUCCGCAAACAGGUGCAGAAUCGUCACGUGUACACUCUAAGCGGUCUGGUGUAGAAGCCGUUAAGCUGCAUAUACAGACAUCAGGAUGCACCGGCAGAUCAUCUCGAUCUGCAACAGCGGUGCGAAAAACCAGUAUCCGAAUGACUGCGAUAAAAGAAUAUCCUUUCGACUUGAGUGAUCUUCAGAACCAGCCUAACGACGGAGGUGAGCAGAAAUCUACUGCUGUGUCUGCGCCUGCGACUGCGCCGGUGCCACUCACAGACCCACCGUCAAAUACACUUGUACCUGCCACUGACUUGGUAACAAGAGCAACCACACCAGACGGUAAAAGAAAAGUAUCCAUUAUGGCAGACGAGAGCAGCAAAGAUAGAGAAAAUCUGCCAUCCGAAAGGAAUGGCCGCGUAUCAACAUCAGCAGAGGGCCCAUCGCGCCGCAAAAGCAAUCUACACAACGCUAUGGCAGCAGAAAUGGAUACAUCAUGGGACCGACCAGCACAUAUCGAAGGAAGAUAUAAGAAAUAUUCGACAACGUCCUCUGUAUACUCGAAGAAAGCAUUAUCACAACAAAGCGAACACGUAGAGAGAUCUUGGUGGUAUGCGUGUUGUCAGAAGUGUCAUCAAGAAGAUUCCGGAAUUCCUUCGUGGGAACCACCAAAUUGGCAAAAAAUAUGCCCUUACCCACUGUGCCCAUCAUACAGACAAUUCGCACAAACAUUAUCAGUUUUUAUCAUUGGAAUACUGGUAUGGUUGAUAGUAUGGAUAAUAAUGGGACACACGGUGGCGCCAGGCGGACAACUUUUUAUGCUCGUAGUCCUUACCAUCGCGGCUCACUUUGGCGGAUGGUUAAUGGUCAAAAUCACCACACUGCCUGCUCUUAUCGGAAUGCUCAUAGUCGGGAUUAUUAUGAAAAACAUAGGCUUCGUAAACUUCGAUGCAGAUUACUUAAAAGUCGGUUCAUAUAUUAGAAAAAUUGCUUUAACCAUAAUUCUUACGAGAGCUGGAAUGGACUUGGAUCCACAGGCCAUGAAGAAAUUUUUCUUCACUGUUAUCAAACUUGCACUAGUGCCAUGGACAUUUGAAUGUGUGCUCUGUGCCGUGAUGGCGAAUCUGUUACUUGAUUUACCAUGGGACUGGGCUUUCCUACUGGGUUCCAUAGUCGCGGCCGUGUCUCCAGCUGUCGUUGUUCCGUGCUUGUUCCGAUUGCGUAGCAAGGGUUACGGCGUCUCAAAGGGUAUACCCACCCUAGUGCUCGCCGUAUCAGGAAUUGAUGACGCCGCCAGUGUCGCAGUAUUUGGCAUCGUCACCGGUAUUAUGUUUUCCAGCUCAUCGCUUACUAUGAAUAUUAUUCAAGGCCCGCUAAGUAUCAUCGGGGGUAUAUUCUUUGGUGUUGUUUGUGGAUACUUGGCUAAAUAUGUACCGGAGCGGAAUGAUUCGUUCCUAGUGCCCCUUCGUGUUCUGCUGCUUCUGACUGGCGGGCUGGUCUCUGUGCUCGGCUCCGAAGAAGUUGGAUGGGGUGGUGCUGGCCCACUGGCAGUAAUCGCCUUCGCUUUUGUCGCCUGUAAGAACUGGUCAGAAUUAGGUUGGGAAAUAGAAGACAACCCUGUAGCCACCGCAUUUGAAAUUUUCUGGAUGUUCUUUGAACCUAUGCUCUUUUCUAUUACAGGAGCGCAAGUUGUUAUUUCAGAGUUACCGAUACGACUUGUUCUCAUCGCCAGUGGUAUACUAGCAACAUGUGUGAUUCUACGUGCAAUUGUUACCAGUUUGAGUGCAGUACGCAGUAACUUAAACACAAAAGAGAAGAUUUUUGUAGGCUUGUCAUGGAUGGCGAAAGCAACUGUCCAGGCAGCGUUGGCACCUGUAGCAUUAGAUGAGGUACGGAAAAUGGUUGGCCUAAACCCGUCAGAGCAGGCAGUUCUCGAGGGGUACGCAGAGAUCAUAAUUACUGUGUGCAUUAUGUCUAUCGUCAUAACUGCACCAAUCGGAGCUAUUAUUAUCACCCUCACCGGACCUAGGCUACUUUCCAAGACUACGAAACCUCCAGUUUUAGAAGGUUGGCGCCGAUCACACCGGCCAUCAAUUAGAGAUAUAUCCAUCAUAGACGAAGAUGAAGUAGCAGAACGAGACGCCGAGGGAAAUCAGCAACAAUCACCCCCCACCACGCCAGUACCACCGGCCGCCUUUAGCACACCCACGCCUAUUACCGUGCAACCUAAUCAUCGAACUUGACGAAUUUAAACAACAAUUUUAUAAUACACUACUAGAGAUUAUUUAUUUAAAAAAAUGUAUGUUUGCUGGACUUGGUCAACUAUGCCCUAAGUGGUACAUAAUAUACAUACCUAUAUAGAAAUUAAAUAUAAUAAGCAACACAAAAAGCGUUGAC